UACAUAUUACUUUGGAAAAGAAAAUCAGUCUCACUAAAAUUAUCCUAAGACUGCAGGCACGGUGUGGUGAACAUACGUUGUCAUGGAAACGAGCGUAUGCUUGGCUUCAAUAGUUGGCGCAGAGCUGGAAGCAGCGACGAAUAAACCUCCGGAACAGGUUCACCUUUUGAUCCAAUCAAAAUCGAGCGCGUACUGGCAGCGAUAAUAGGCCCGCUAUCUUCUACGCCGGCAGAAAUAAGAAAACUGCCUGGACGGUGGCAGCGAAUAUGAAACGUGCGCGUCAGGUACUCGAAAGAUUGAGAAAGUUCUCGAAAGUAUCGUACCGCGCAGAUUUUACCUUAUAUACGUUCAAUAGCAGCAAAUUUCGCACUCAUACUUGGACGAUUCAUGCACCCGUGCGGCAAGUAUAAUUCUUGAUCUAUGACGCAUGACCCGCACCUCGAAAUGCAGCUCGGGACUUCGAUGUGGGCUGGGCGGAUAGCAUGUACCGUCAUGAUAUCGAAUGGCGAAAGCAAAACGGGGUAGACGACAUGCUGAAAAACUACAAGACUCCGCAGAUCGUGAAGGAAAACUUUCCCGGCGCAAUACUGCAUCCGUGUAAAGAUGGCUGCCCUAUAUGGAUAGUUCCAGCAGGCAUCAACGUAAAAGCGUUCCUGGCAGCGUUGACAACAGAGGCCGUACAACGCCACUGCAUUUACCAGCUGGAGUACUUGGAGUCGCUCAAGAGAGCGUCUUCAAGAGAGGCAGGCCAGGAACUAGAGACGCAGUACCUGGUGAUCGACUUCGACAAUUUUAGCAUACGCAACAUCUACAGCUGGCAGGUCGUCAAGGCAAUCACGGAUGUGCUGCAAAUGAUGGAGGACCACUUCCCCGAGUGCCUUGAAAAAUGCAUAGCCAUUAAUGCGCCUAGCUUUUUCCCCAUCCUGUGGAGACUGAUUCGGCCAUUCCUGACCCAGAGGACGGCAGACAAAGUGGAAGUCUUCGGUAAAGUGGACGGUUGGAAAGAGCUUUUGCUGAGCAUCAUGGACGCAGCAUCUCUUCCGGCCCACUGGGGCGGUGACAUGGUGGGACCAGGCAACGACCCGAGAUGCAGGCACAAGGUGAACUACGGCGGUCGCUUCGAGGAGGGUGUGGAACGAGGCGAAUCACUGUUCGGCGAAGCUGGCGUCGAGCAGCGUACCGUCAGUCGCCGCGACCGGUGGGAGCUGCAGGUCGGCGUCACCAAGCCGGGGUCGCGAAUCAGCUGGCGAUUCCAGGUGGCCGCCGGAGAUCUGACGUUCGGGUUGCGCCUGCUCACAGGAGAGCCCCUGCUGCCUUUGCGACGCGUGGAGACAUGCAGUCAUGCGCCGCAGGAAGGAAGCUGGCUCUGCGAUUCGCCUGGGACAUAUGUGCUCGAGUUCGACAACACCCACAGCUGGUUCACGAGCAAGACUUUGGCUUACGACGUGAACGUACAUAGCCCGGAGGACGCUCAUUGAUCACAAGUCGGCGCAUCGACGUGGUGGCUACCAAUAGCGCAACCUUUUCUCAUUUUCGUCACGGCGGCUCCAUUUGUUUGGCAACUUUACGAACAGGCGCAAAUAAAGGAAACUUCGCUGGUCA